AUGUCAGCAAUAAACGGUGAAAGUAAUCCAGCACUUCGUAUGCCAGUUGUGAAUAAUAUUAUGUUAAAUGAUACAUUACAAUCGCACCGUGAAAAUAUUGUGCCAAAUGGCAAUACUUUAUUUCAACCAAAUCAGGGAUCUGAAACGUCACGUGAAAACGCAAUGCGCGGGAACGUAAGAAGGCUGCGCGUCGAGGAUGCAUUAUGUUAUUUGGAUCAAGUGAAACAGCAGUUUGCGGAUGCACCAGAUGUCUAUAUUAACUUUCUCGAUGUCAUGAAAGAUUUCAAAUCCCAGGCCAUUGAUACGCCUGGUGUAAUAAAACGGGUUUCACGUUUGUUUCGUGGUCGACCUAAUCUAAUCAUUGCAUUUAAUACAUUUCUGCCACCUGGAUUUGAUGUUUCUGUUGAUGGAAUAAAAGUCAUUAUAACCGAACCAAAUGGUCGUAGACAAGUCAUUAAUGAAAAUCAUCCUGAAUUAUGCGCCUCAUCGGAAAUAGCACAAAGUUCUCAAAUGACAAAAGCAUCAUCUCCGAUUCAGCCUGUUGCGGGUAUCGCUGGAGAUCCAUUAUUAGCAGCAAGUGAAGCUAGUGCAUCAGAUCUGAGCUCCACAACAGAACCAGUUGUAACCGAACAUCAGGAAAGUGAACUUGCACCGACUGUUACGGAUUUGCAAUCUAAUGAAGUUAGACCUGUUGCUUUUUUAUCAAACCGUGUCACUGCUGCAACUUACCAAGAUGCUGUAAUGUACAGAAACAAAGUAAUGGCUCGCUUCGAGGAUCGACCCGAAAUCUACCACAAAUUUCUUGAGAUUCUUCAACGACUUCAGCGGCUAACACAAGAAGGAGGGGUCAUUCAAGGAUAUAAACGAGCUCUAGAGGCAGUCGAAGUGCUUUUUGAAAAUGACACUGAUUUAGUGCAGGAAUUUAAACAACAAUUUCAACCGAGCUCUCCUGUAUCUGGAAUAUCUGGUCCGUCCUCUAGUACGCCUCGCGAUACGACUAGUAAAGGAAAAAUCCAGAAAAGUGGGGAACGCAGCACUUUUGUCGUUUCUCCCCAACCUGUUUGUGUACCAAAAGUUCAGAAUCUGCAAGGAACGAAUCUUGGAAAACGUACCGCUUCGAUGUAUUCUACAACAACAGCCAAGAGAGCGAAAUUAGGAAGUAUUAAUAUGUUGACAUAUGAUACAGAUGUUGAAGAAGCAGCCAAAUUCGGUACCGUUGAAGAUUAUCUUUUCUUUGACAAGAUACGGAAAGCACUAAUUGAUAAUGGUGUACAUGAAAAUUUUCUGCGUUGCCUUGCUUUAUACAACCAAAGCAUUAUUUCAAAAAAUGAACUUGUGGAGCUUUUAACACCUUUCAUCGGACGUUUCACACUGUUAUUGAAACAUGUGAAAGAACUUUUGGGAUUGCCGGAUACGCAUGGGGAUAGUCAACAGAGCGACGAUAGGUGUCGGCGGCGACCAGCUUACACGAGCGAUGAUGUAGAAUUGGAGCACAAAAUUGAUUAUGCUACAUGUCGAAGACUGGGUGUUAGCUAUCGGUCUUUGCCAGAAUCAUAUGAAAAACCGCUUUGUUCUGGACGAACGCCACUUUGUGAAUCUGUCCUUAACAAUUCCUGGGUUUCAUUUCCAUGUUGGUCUUCUGAGGAUAGUUCAGCCGUACAUUCUAAGAAGACACCAUUUGAGGAAUUCGUAUUUCGUACGGAAGAUGAACGUUAUGAGUUGGAUAUCGUCAUUGAAGUGAACAAAGCAGCUUUAGAGGUUUUGGAAAUGGUUCAACGGAAAAUGUCACGGAUGAAAAAUGAAGAAUUGAACAGCUUUCGUUUGGGUCCUUCUUUGGGUGGUAGUUCUGAUUCGAUUAUGUUACGCGCACUGCAGAGAAUUUAUGGGGAUCAUACCUUAAAGAUGUUAGAAGGAGCAAUGAAAAAUCCUCAAGUUAUGAUACCAAGACUGAUUGAACGAAUGCGACAAAAAGACAUCGAAUGGCGUAAAAAUCAAGAAAUAUGUAAUCGCAUUUGGCGUGAAGAAACGGAUAAACAUUUUAUAAAAAGUCUAGAUCAUCAGUCAAUAAUCUUUAAGCAAAAUGAUUUGAAACUACUCCGUGCAAAAACAAUCAUCAGCCAGUUCGAGAAUUUGUACGAUGAGCGCACUGAUCGGAAUGAUGAAGGUGAAUCAGUGGAAUAUGGACCACAUUGUAUUUAUUCAUAUCCGGAAGAUAUACGUGUUCUGUAUGAUGUUAAUGAUUUGGUAAUACAUUAUGUGAAACGACAGGCAAAUAUUCAGAAAGAAGAGAAACGUCAUGCGAAACGUUAUUUGAAACGUUUUGUCCCAGAGUUAUUCAAUAUUCCACCCCAAGAAUUGAGUGAUGAAGAGGAAGUAGAGGACCGAGAUCGUGUUGGUCAAAAUCCUGAAGAAGAACGAGGUAUUGGAUUAUAUACAGAUCAAGCUCAAAAGACAACAUCAAAUGAUAAUGCAGAAUCGAAAAAUUAUGCUCAGUCUGCGAAUGGGAACGAGUCUUCUACAUAUCGCCUUUUCUACGGUGCGAACACAUGGUGUAUAUUCAUUAGACUUCAUCAUUUAAUGUGUGAUCGGUUGGCUUAUUUGAAGAAAACACAUCGAGAAAUUAUUAAGAAUCACGAAGUGGAAGAGCGCAUACGAAUGGAACGCGAAUCUGUAAUAAAUCGAUGUGCUGGUGAUGGUGGGUCGUUGAAAUCAGUUGAACUGGACACAAAACUUGGUUUGUCUUUGCUGAAACCGGACAGCCAAAGUCCGGUUAACUACUACAGCGCAUUGAUUAAUGAAGUUAAAAACCUUCUGGAUGGUCUCAUUGACAGUGUCGCUUUUGAAGAUAACGUCAGGAAAAUGUUUGGAACAGCUGCUUACUUAACAUUCACAAUGGAUAAAAUUAUCAUAACAAUUGCACGGCAACUGCAAAACAUGUCUUGCGAGGAUGCGAAUAUUGCUAGUAUGGAUCUAUACAAAAAAUACCGUUUUGAGCAUCCCGUCAGUUUGUAUAGUCGAGACAAAAAUGAAGAAAAUAUUGAUGAUGCUUACGAACGGGCUGCACAAGAAGUGCUUGCUAAUCAGAACUGUUUUAAGACUUUUUUCCUUCAUGAUACCCGAAGCGUUACGAUGGAACUGAUCGAUAGUGAUGUAACUGAGGAAGGAGAGAAAGGUGACAGUGACCAAGAAUGGAGUCGUUAUGUUCAUCAUUAUGUUGAGAGUCUUUCUAAUGAGCCGUCGUCAUCGGCUUUAAGUCCAGAAGAUCAGCAACAGAUGCUCGAAACUAUUGGUGAAAGGCCUCCCUUAUUUCUUAUGAAAUAUAUCAAAGCGGGAAUGGAUAAGUACAGAAAGAAGGACGAUGAAACGAAUAAAAAGAAUGAAGAUGGAAAUGGAGAACAGAAGCUGGAAGAGAAAUUGCCCAGCAUUGUGAUGAGUGAGGAUCUAAGCGCACUGUUUUCUCCAGCAGGAAAUUAUAAAAUGCGGUUUACCAAAGGUUCAGGCGAUUUGCUGAUAAAAGCUGGAGCGCCGCGAAAAGGGAUGGAUAAACACAAAAUAGUAACAGGACGGAGAAAGGACCGUUUUUUGGCAUGGUUAGAAGAACGGUUGUGUGAAGAUGGUAGAGAUGUGUUGGGUCCUCGAAAUUGGCUUGCAGAUGGUUCACGAAUAGUACCUGUGCGACAUCCUGAGUUUCCUUAUAUCACUUAUAAUCGUUAUUUUUCUUCCAUUUCCAGUACUUCAUCAAAUUCAUCAAAUCGUAGUCAACGCUAA